AUGGGUUCAGCAGUACAGAGUGCUCCUAGAGUGGUAGUAGAUGUUGAACAAAUAGUGAACGCACCUACAAGUUCUAUGUACAGAACCGCUACAAACGACACAAUUGUUUAUCUGAUCAACUAG